AUGGAGUAUAUGAAGAAUGUCUACCAGUUCGCUCCAAGUAAACGUGCCUUUCAGACUCAAUUCAAACGGUGGGGCUUCCCUUCGAAACAGAAUCCUGCACAUAAAAACGCCAAGCUGGUAGCACGAGUAAAGCAGCUAUGGGAGAAGAAUACAAGCCAGCGGGAUAUGCUUCGCAUACUGAAUGAGGAGGGCUUCGAGAUCAAGGAGCGGGAGCUGAUGCGGGUGCGGGCCAAGAACCGCUGGCUACUUCGGGUCCCUAACGGGAUGAAGUCGCAAUCGCGCAUUCAGACCCCAAUCCAGCUGCCCGAGGAUGAAGGGCUCCUUGCUCUCCAGCAGGAAGUAUACAAAACCGAAGGACCGCCCUUCGACGAGACCGAGAACCUCCCCACCCCCACAACAGACGACCCUACCUCGCCCAAUCUGCCUCCCGAAGUCCUUGCCAAGCGCAAGGAGCGCCUCGAGCGGCUCAAAGCGGAAAGCGAAGAGCGUUGGGCGAGCAGGAAGCGUCGCCGGCGGACUCGUGGAUGGGCAGGGCUGCCGGCUGACCCGCCGGGACCUCCGCGCUUCCCCUCCGAGACGACCAUUGAUGAGAGCAAAAAGUAUCUCGGGCUGGACAAUGCGAUGUAUCGCCAGGUCCGGGAUCAGUUCCAACGGAUCUGUGAAGAAGCAGGCUUCAUCAAGAAGACCGUUGCGGGACCCGAGAGAUGGCAGGACGCCAAGAACAAACUGAUCGAGGGAUCACCGCAUCUCCAGCAGGUGUUCUGGCACGAUCCCAACCAGCUAGAAGCUAAAACACUCGCCCUAGAUGUGCUAUGCACCGAUGUGACGAAAAGGAUGAGGACUUUGGAACGGCGAAUGACCAUUGCCGAGGCCAAGAAUGUCCUCGGGAUCAACCCGGAGGAGAGCCGCCAGAUACGAAAUGCGUUUUACAACACCCUGAAGGCGGACCAUUUCACGAGCAAGCUGGAGGCUGGCGACGAACAUUGGAAGGAAUUAAAGGACCAAUGGAUCCAAAAUUCGGAGCUCCUUCGUCAGAUUCUUGCGCCCGGCCCCGCAGACCCGGAGCAUGCGGCGAAAGUGAAGGCCCUGGAGGUGCUGUGCCGCGACGUCAUGAAGCGGCUCCGGGAUGACCAGACCAAGCGGGAUCCCGCCCGCAAACCAUCCGUCCCUCACGCCCCGGCUCAAUCAGAACCCGAGAGUCCUCCAGUCAGCAGCAGCUACGGGAGUGGCAUUGCCAACGGAAUCAGUACACUCGCCUCGCAGGCGCUGGCGAGUGCCCCAAGUGAUCUCAGUGACAUGCAAAUCGAUCCCUCCCUGCUGCAAGCUGCCAAUGACCCUUCCUUCGCGACGGGCCCUUCGGAUUCCGCAGCUGCGUUUGGCUAUGUGGACCCGAUGCUGGGGCCCUCCGUGGUGCAUGUACCUGUCUACCUUCGUAUCCAUCCGCAGAGUCCGCUGCACGGCGACUCGAAGACCUGGGUGGAGAAGCUGACGGCGCGGUCGGUGGCUGAGCUGCAGCAGAUUGUCGGCGAGAAGUACCCGGACGCGGUGGUCACGAAGAUCGAGGGGAUGGACCGCGAUGAGAAGGGCAAUGAGAUCCCGUUUGUAAUUGACGAAGAUCAUGAGCUCGAUGCGUACUUGACCCACGUGCAGGGGCGCAAAGCCACCUUUGUGUUUUGCCUAAACUAA